AUGGCUGCUAACAACCAACAAGUGCUUCAACUUUCAGCCAUUUUGCAAGCUGCAAAUUCCGGCAAUCCAGACAUCAGGAAGCCCGCUGAAGAACAACUGAAAGCUUGGGAAAUAGUGCCUUUAUUCUAUUCUACUUUACAGGACAUUUAUUGUGAUCGUUCGAUCGACUCGAGUGUUCGGCUCUUGUCUAUCUUGUAUCUCAAGGCUGGAAUCGACAAGUACUGGAGAAAAACUGCCAAGCACGCUAUUGGAGCUGAAGAGAAGGCCAAGAUUCGAUCAAAGUUGUUAGGUUUCUUUGACGAGGAGCAAAAAAAGUUGGCUCUCCAACAUUCUGUGAUCGUGGCAAAGAUAGCGAGACACGACUAUCCUAAUGAGUGGCCCGAUCUACUGCACGUGCUAUUGCAAACCAUACAAUCAACAUUUACAUCACCAUCACCGCCACGGCCUGACUCACAACUCCCUGCUCAACAACUCAAACUCCACACCCGACUAAUACAACAACGAGCUCUGUAUACCCUGCAUCAAGUCAUCAAGGCUCUGUGUUCGAAAAAGCUGCCUGCUAGUCAGAAGAUGCUUGAACAGCAUUCACCUGAGAUAUUCCGAUACGUGUCAUCCAUAUACUACGAGCGAGUCAAUCACGUCAUGGAAUGUGUACCACAGAUACUGCAGAACUUGAAUGCUGUACCUGCUGAAGUGUAUGCUGAUGUUGAAGGAGCUCUAUGGACUGCUCUUUAUGCUCUGAAAGGCUUGAGGAGGCUGCUUGUACAUGGAUUUCCUGAUUUCGAACAGCAUACGGAGACUAUGCAAUUCUUCCAAUCAUUGCUGGAAAACUUGCAAAAGUUUCUUCAUCUGAGAUCGGUCGUCCGACCAAAUGGCACACUACAAAUGCUGUCGUCCAAGUUUGCCUUGUUGAUUGGCAAGGUGUAUACUGAUCUGGAGAAGCAGAGACUCGGUAGUUUCUUGUUGGCUAGUGGUAGUAUUUCAGUCAUCAAGUUCUAUUGGUCGCAAGCUGAAGCGUAUACGCCUGGUGGUGGUGAUCAAAUGUAUGAAAGAUUCCUGGUCCAAGGACUGGUGCUGCUCAAAUCCCUCAUUAAAAAUGCAGAGUUCUCCAUUGUUGCUGGUCCUAAAAUUCCAAACGUGGAUAAAGCCAAAUCAGUUAUAGAUACAGAGCUCUUCACGACCACUUUCGUGGUGUCAUGUUGUGAAGUGCUUGUCUCGAAGUAUUUGGUGCUGACUGGAGAAGAGAUGCGGUCUUGGGAGGACGAUCCAGAGACGUUUGUGUCUGAAGAAGAGGCUGAUCAUUGGGAGUAUAAUUUAAGGGCAUGUGCAGAAAAGGUGUUGAUGGAUUUAGUAUCACAGCAUCGAGCUCUACUGUCCCCAGUACUGAUACAAAUGCUCCAACGAGUAUCAGAGAUGCCUGAUACAGAUCCUCGCUGCAUCCUACUACGAGAUGCAGUAUACUCAGCAGUUGGUCUCUGCGCCCAAGACCUAUACGACCUUGUCGACUUUGACUCGUGGUUUACCGGCCGAUUGAUUGCAGAAGCAACAAAUCCAUCACCACCAUAUAGAAUACUACAUCGACGAGUCGCUCUACUAGUUGGCCAUUGGGUCGGAGUCAAAGUGAGAAAAGAGACAAGGCCAGCUAUAUAUAGUCUCCUAUUACAGCUAGCGUCACCUGAGGAGCCCGAUUUGGCUGUACGAUUAACGGCCAUUAUGAAUCUCAAAGUUGCUGUAGAUGAUUGGGACUUUGAUCCAGUGACGUUUGUACCAUAUUUGGAAAAGUCUGUUGCUGUGUUUACGCAGCUGGUGGAGGCUGUGGAUGAGUUUGAGAGUAAGAUGAAGGUGCUCAAUUCUUUGGCUAUGGUUAUUGAGAGGAUGGAGGCACAGAUUGCUCCCUUCUCACAAAGAAUAACAGAGCUGCUACCUGCACUCUGGGCGUCGUCGGAAGGCCAACAUUUGUUUAGAUCUUCAAUAUUGGUUAUUCUCACUCGAUUGGUUACGGCACUCCGAGAACCGUCUAGAUCACUUCACCCAUUCCUGACACCCUUAAUAUCAUACGCUGUAAAUAGUGCAUCACCCGCAUCGCUGUACAUGUUGGAAGACGGAUUAGAAUUAUGGUUGGCCACAAUCCAAAACACUGAUUUACAAACACCUGAACUAUUGUCAUUAUAUCCACUCGCAGUCAACCUGCUCAAAUACGGUACCGAUGCACUGAAAAAGGUGCUUAAAAUUGUCGAAUCGUAUAUAGUACUAGCACCACUAGAAGUCCUACAAGUAAACGCCAACUCAACAAUGGAAUCCAUCACUCGUCUCAUCGGUGAUGCACUUAAACCUGAAGCUGGAAGUGCAGUGCUCCAUUGUAUAGAUGUGAUUUUGCAAUCAUGUGCUGCUGCGCAACCACAACCGCUGACGAGUGCUAUACAUACAGUAGCAGCGUCAACGGGACUGAUUAGCAAGAUUGUGGAUACCGUUUUGCAAAAGACUGAAUUGGGAUAUAUUAUUGCUGGGUAUUUGACAUCGUUGGCAAGGAUGGCUGUUAAUGAUCACAUCUUUUUCCUGAAUGUGCUGGGUAGUAUGAGUGGAUUGUCUGAUGGUAGUGUGAGUCCCGUGAGUAGUGGUGGUGCGUUGGGUGCUAUAUUGGACUAUUGGAUUGAGAAGAUGGAUGGAAUGGGACAUGCCAAACAACGGAAACUGACUGCGAUGGCAUGCGCUACGCUUCUGGGAACUGGUAAUCCAAUAGUCAUGUCACGGAUACAUGGGAUCUUUGUGGUCUUGUCUUCGGCGGUAUCUGAUAUGAAGGAUUCAGAUCAUAAUGGCACAGAUGCCUUAGUCUGGUGGUACGACGCCCGAGAAGAAGACGAAGACGAAGCAUCGCCAGAUGCACGACGUCGUAAAUCGCUCUUGGCUCGUGAUCCCGUACACACCACAGCCCUAAUACCAUUCAUUCGUGAUCGAAUGAAUGCUGCUGCAGCUACGGUGGGAGGACCUGUACAGUUUCGACAGGGCUUGAUACAGAGUGUGGAUCCGACUAUAUUGGAGGCUAUGGAUGCUUUGAUGGCAUGA